AUAGAAAUCGUGCUCGGUUUGAUUAAUUAAAGCCUCUAACGCUCAAUAGCCCUCCAACCCCCCCUCGUCCCGGCAAAGUGGUACGUUCCAAGCUCGGACUCGCCCUCAGUGCUGUCGCGGUGAAACUGGAAUUCAUUUUGGCUCAACGCGGAGCCGCUGAGCGUGUUAACGCUAAGCGCGUUUGAGCCCGAAUGGACGUCCGUGCACUCCAGUUUCACAUCAGUGAUUUUGUUCUCCAACAGGAGUUGCUAGGAUGCAAACAUCAUCUUUAUAAACUCUACCGACCCCUAUCUGACACAGUCAGUACUCAAUCUCAUCUACAGCCUGCGUUUAAUACAAACCACGAUGUGUUCACCUGCGCACAGACUGAUUUAUCGAUGUCAACCUGUCGAAAUGACGCACUAGACGCUGUUCGCUUAUUUAUUAUUAUUAUAAAACAUGAUAUGAUGGCGACGGAGUGCACGCAAGAAUCCGUCCUGGACUUUCUACUGGAAAAUGGGGGGCGUGUGAAAAACAAGGACUUGGUCGCGCAUUUUAAAGUCUUUCUGAGCAGCGAAAAUACGAAGCGAGCCGUGCUAAAAGAGAGAUUUAAGCGUUUUGUGGAUAAUAUCGCCUACGUAAAGCAAGAAAACGGGGAGAAAGUGGUGUGUCUGAAGAAGAAGUACAGAAACCCGGAGAUGCGCAGCGGGAGCGCGCAGGAUGAGAAGCCUAACGAUAAUGGUGAUGAUGAUGAAGACAUCAAUAGAGGAAUUAAUGCAUUGCAUUUCGAAGAGAACGGCAAAGUGCGUGGGGAAAUCGGUGAUUCUGAGGAGAUGAAAGCUGUUAGAGAUGCUGAGGAGGAGCUGUGUGUGUCUGACAUUGCACUGAUUGAGAAAGAGUCUGAAACUCUGCCUGGAAAUGAUGUGAAAGCAAAUGCUCCUGAGCUCUGUAAUGCCCAGUCAACAGGAGAAGCGGAAUCUAGGGCAGGAGAGGCAGAGCUGGAGGCUGGAGUUGGCAGAGCUUCUGUCACACCACAGGUCAUCAUUAGUCGACGGAGAGCAUCGAGGGGAUCUCAGCGGAGUCUGCUGGCCUCUUCUGAGGAUGGAGCACAUGAUGGACAGACUGAGGAUGGCAGCACCCCCAAAUGCAGCCGCAAGAACUUUAUAGAGCUCAUGAUGAGCAGUUCUCCACAGGUGAGACGCUCACUGGUGCACCGUAACCCUCAAGGGCACAUGUUGGCCAGAAGCAGUGAGUUCAGAAUGUCAUCUGUGGAUGAGGAUUGUGCUUCGGUAACCUUAGACCCGCUGGAGCACGAGUGGAUGAUGUGCACAGCAGAUGGCGAAUGGGACAGUCUGCAGCGGCUGCUCGAGUGUGAACCCACUCUCAUCUCCAAAAAGGACUUUGUCACCGGGUUCACGUGUCUGCACUGGGCGGCCAAGCAAGGCAAACACGAGCUUUUUGCUAUGCUGGUGAAUUUCGCCAAACGGCACGGCGUCGCCAUCAACGUAAACGCCCGAUCCAGUGCCGGCUACACACCUCUACACCUGGCGGCCAUGCACAACCACAUCGAGGUCAUGAAGCUUCUGGUGGGAGCGUAUAAUGCUGAUGUGGAUGUGAGGGACUACAGCGGGAAGAAAGCAGCGCAGUAUCUCCAAUCCAGUGUAACAGGCGACAUCAAGGACAUCAUAGGGGCUUGUGUGAGCUCAGACACGGAGAACGCAUCUGGUGCCGGGCGAUGGAAGCUUCCUAAAGUCCUCCCGUCCAACCUUAACCCUCUACGGCUGCUGAAUCACCCUGAGGAGAUGACGGCCGAUGGUCAGUCCAAGCCCAAGUCGCUCUAUAGGAAGUCCUCCAUCGGCCGGAUCAGACUGCAGAGGAACCGCUUCAAGACGCAGAUCGUCCACAGCACUUCAUUCAGGGAGAACGAGGAAGGAGAGGAUUCGCUCAAGAGCCCCGUCAAAUCCAGACCCAUGUCCAACCUGUUUGGUUAAGAACAAAGUGUGAAUAAAUAGAGAAAUAUGCAAAGACAUUAUUACUCUGAGACCAACUGAGCUGCUCGUUUAAUGUGUGGUUUAAACUAAUUUUCUAAAAAAAAAAAAAAAUUCUGAAAUUGAAAAAUGCGAAAAUCUAUAAAUAAAUACACUGUAAAAAGUUGUUUCAACUUAAAAAAGCAAGUGUUUGUAUUGCCUUAAAAUUUUAAGUUUAGUCAACAUGAAAUGUUAAGUUGUACUAUGUGAAAACAUGAAUAUUUGAGUUGAGUACACUUAAAAUUUUAAGGCAGCAUGAACACUUACUUUUAAGUUGCAACAAUUUUUUUUUACAGCGUAAAUAAAUAAAUAAAAAUAAAAAACAAAUAAAUUAUUUGAAAUAAAAAAUUUAAUUACGUAAAUAAAUAAAUUAAAAUUGUUUUUGAUCAAAAUAUUCAAAUUAAGAAAUUAUGAAUAAUAUAUAUAUAUAAAAAAAUAAAAAAAUAGGUUAAAAGAAAUAAUACAUCUAACGGUACUAUAGUGAGUAGAAAUAAAAGUAAAAUUUUACAGUAAGGUUUCAUUUGUGAACAUGAACUAACAAUGAACAGUAUUCUACAGUAUUUGUCUUAAUGUUAAUUUAUUCAUUUACUAAAACAUUUUAAAAUUAAAAGUUGUAUUUGUUAACAUUAGUUAAUGCACUGUUAACUAACAUGAACAAAAAAAAUAUAUUUUUAUUUUUACAAAGAUUAUUUUAUGUAUAUAUAUAUAUAUAUAUAUAUAUAUAUAUAUUGCUCAUUGUUAGUUCAUUUCACAUGUUAAAUAAUGGUCAUUAAAAAUGCACAAUCAUGUAAUAGAAGCUAUAUGUUUUACACAUAUUUAUAAUAUUGAUUUUUCAGGGUUUAAAUUGGAUUUUUAUACAUGAAAAUAUAUACAGUAGCUGCUUUUUAAAUUGUUAGGAUGGAUGUUGAUGAGCAACUGGAACAAACUUCAAUGCAAUCAUCUCCUUUAUAAAAUUAUGCACCACUAUUUUAUUACCAUGAUGCUCUGAAAACAUGUAGAUGUAAUGUAGAUUAUUUCUGAUUUGAUAUUUCCACAGAUGCACUUUGUCCUGCUCUCCUGUUUUAGUUGCUGUGCCUUUAAUGAUCGUCUUCCAGAUGCAGGAAUCAACAUGUACUGAGACUGUUUCUCUGUAAAUGUGAUUUCAGUGUUUGUGUGCUGUAAGUGACGUUUAAAACGCUGCUGUUUAAAUGGUUUAAGACGAAAUCUGAUUCCGUGAGCAGAAAGGAACAGUUCAUCCAAAACUGCAGUGAAUGGGUGCCGUCAGAAUGAAAGCUGAUAAAAACAUCACAAUAAUCCACAAGUAAUCCACACCACUCCAGUCCAUCAGUUCACAUCUUGAGAAGACAAAAGAUGAAACAAAUCCAUCAUUAAGACGUUUUAAACUAAAAUAUGAGCCCAUAAGUUUUAUUUUUGGGUGAACUGUUCCUUUAGUUUACCCAUGAGCCGUUACAUUGGCAAUGCACUAUUAGCUGAUCAAAUUAAGCUUCAUUAUGUUUUAGCUGAUUACUAGUGAUCCCAAAUACUAAAACACUACUCCCAAAUGUUUUUAGUCAUUUUUGAAGUGCCUUUAGUAAGUUGGCUUGAGAAAGCAAUUGUUUCAUCCUCUUCUGAGCCAAAAUUUAGUCAGUAUCUAAAAACCUGCUAAAACCAGCUGAAUGGCUGCUUUGGCUGUUCUUCCAGGCUGGAGAUAAAGUGGUUUUGGCCACUUUUUAGCUCUUCAAGCUGGCAGACCAAUGUAAACCUAGGCUGGUUUUAUCUGAUUUUUUAACUGGUUUUAGCUGGUUUUAAGCAGUUCAUUUUACAAAAUCAGCUGAUUUUAACUUGUUUUUUAUGUUAAAACGUGUUAAAAAAUAUCAUGCUAGAAAAAUGUUAGCGACAUCCCAGCGACUUGGUAAUCAUGCUAGCAACAUGCGUGUAACUUAAUUGCUAAUCAUGCUAGAAACAUGCUAGCAACAUGCUAAUCAUGCUAAAACAUGUUAGUAACUUGCUAAUCAUGAUAAAAACAUGUUAACAACAUGCUAGUAACAUGUGAAUAAUGGUGGAAACAUGCUAACAACAUGCUGGAAACUUGUUAAACAUGGUAACAACAUGCUAGUAACUUGUUAGUCACGUUAUAAACAUGUUAUAAUAAUGCUAAUUGUGCUAUAAUUGUGCUAGCGACAUGCUAGUAACAUGCAAAUCAUGCUAAAACAUGUUGGUAACUUGUUAAUCAUGUUAGAAACAUGCUAACAACAUGCUGGAAACAUGCUAAUCAUACUAGUAACUUGUUAUUCGUGUUAUAGACAUGUAAUAAACAUCUUAACCACGUUUUAAUUGUACUAGCAACAUGCUAAUUAUGUUAGUAACAUGCUAAUCAUGAAAAAAACAUGCGAGAAACAUGUUAGCAACAUGCUAGUAACUUGUUAGUCAUGUUAUGAACAUGUUAUAAACAUGCUAAUCAUGUUAUAAAUGUGCCAGCAAAGUGCUAAAUAUGCUAGCAACAUGCUAGCAAACAUGCUAAUCAUGCUAAAACAUGCUAGUAACAUGUUAAUAACAUGCUAAUCAUGCUAAAAUACGUUAGUAACUUGCUAAUCAUGAUAAAAACAUGUUAACAACAUGCUAGUAACAUGUUAGUCACGUUAUAAACGUGCUAUAAUAAUGCUAAUUGUGCUAUAAUUGUGCUAGCAACAUGUUAGUAACAUGCAAAUCAUGCUAAAACAUGCUAGUAACUUGCUAAUCAUGUUAGAAACAUGCUAACAACAUGCUGGUAACAUGCUAUUCAUCUUAGCAAAAUGCUAGUAACUUGUUAGUUGUGUUAUAAACAUGUAAUAAAUAUGUUAAUUCUGUUUUAAUUGUUCUAGCAACAUGCUAAUUAUGCUAGUAACACUAAUCAUGCUAAAACAUGCUAAUAACUUGCUAAUCAAGUUGUAAACAUGCUAGCAACGUGCUAGUAACAUGUUAAUCAUGCUGGACACAUGCUAAUCAUGCUAGCAACAUGCUAGUAACUUGUUAGUCAUGUUAUACACAUGUUAUAAACAUGCUAAUCAUGCUAUAAUUAUGCCAGCAACAUGCUAGCAAACAUGCUAAUCAUGCUAAACCGUGCUAGUAACAUGCUAAUCAUGUUAGAAACAUGGUAGUAACAUGUUAAUCAUGUUAUAAACAUGUUAUAAACAUGCUAAUCAUGCUAUAAUUAUGCCAGCAACAUGCUAGCAAACAUGCUAAUCAUGCUAAACCGUGCUAGUAACAUGUUAAUCAUGUUGGACACAUGCUGAUCAUGCUAGAAACAUGGCUAUCAAGGUAACAACAUGCUAGUAACUUGUUAGUCAUGUUAUAAUCCUGCUAGCAAUAUGCUAGUAACAUACUAAGUAUGUAAGUAGCAUGCUAAUUAUGCUAAAACGUGUUAGUAACUUGCUAAUUAUGCUAGCAACAUACUAGUAACAUGUUAAGCAUGGUGGUAAUCAUGGUACUAUCAUACUAAAAGCAUGCUAACUUGCUAAUCAUGGUAGCAAAAUACUAGGAACAUGGUAAAUCAUUCUAGUGACAUGCUAAUUCAUGCUAAAUUAUGCUAGCAACAUGGUUAAACUGUGUUAAAUCAUACUAGCAGCAUGGUUUAAGCAUCCUAAUGGUAGUAACGCGCUGAUUCGUGCUAGAAACGUGUGCGUUCCCACUCUGUCCCAAACUUCAGUUUCAACUGUUAAAUUCAAACUUUAAGCUUUUUAAAGUUAUUUCAAACUUUCAGACAAGGUUUUCUCAAGCCAACUUCAAAGUUCCUCUGCGAAUUUGGUCUUUACUCAUGUAGUUAAUGAUGAGAUGAUUUUAGGCUGUUGUUGUGUCAGUAAUAUGUGAAGUGUUUUCUAUAUGCAGACAGUGGACAGUAACUGUAUGUUUACGUUUCCUAAAGACAAUGUGAGCAGUGUUUGCUGUUGCUAUGCAGUUGCUAGGGUGCUCCAGCUGGUUGCUAGGUGAUGUCGUAGCGUCUCUGUGAUGUUUUGCUCCUUCAUGCAGAAGCACUAAGGUUUUGACCAAAGCGUGUGAGUAAUGAUUCCUGAUGAGCUGCUCUUAAAUGACACUACGGUGGACGUCUGCUGCCUCUGCAUUAUUAAUGUGACGUCAGCUCCCUGAUGCCAAGACGUUUAGGAAACACUAAACUCUCAGAGCUGAGACAGAAUUGUGUGAAAACUCUGAAAGUGUUUUGUUGUGUUUAUCAUAUCAGCAUGUUGGUGUCACACACAAAUGCGUUUCUUUUCUUUUCUCAUGAAAUUGGAUAGAAUGGGUAAUCUGAUGUAAAGCAGGUACGACAGCUUUUUCUGGCUGUAAGCGAUAAACACGAUGAUUUCAACACUUGUUCGGACACAUCCACAGUGCUUCCUUACCGUUAGAAACGUUUCUUGUUUUUAUACAACAACAUGCAUUUGUCUUUGCUUUAGCAAAAAUAAAUUGAGUACCUGGA